AUGAACGGCUACGGCUCCCCCUACCUGUACAUGGGCGGCCCGGUGUCGCAGCCGCCGCGGGCGCCUCUGCAGCGCACGCCCAAGUGCGCGCGCUGCCGCAACCACGGCGUGCUGUCCUGGCUCAAGGGCCACAAGCGCUACUGCCGCUUCAAGGACUGCACCUGCGAGAAGUGCAUCCUCAUCAUCGAGCGGCAGCGGGUCAUGGCGGCACAGGUGGCGCUGCGCAGGCAGCAGGCCAACGAGAGCCUGGAGAGCCUUAUCCCCGACUCGCUGCGCGCUCUCCCUGGGCCCCCGCCGCCCGGAGACGCCGCCGCCGCUGCCGCCCCGCAGCCGCCGCCUUCCUCGCAGCCAUCCCAGCCGCCGCCGCGCACUAACGCCGAGUUGGCCGCGGCCGCCGCGCUGCGCUGGGCCGCCGAGCCCCAACCCGGGGCGCUGCAGGCGCAGCUCUCCAAGCCAGAUUUGAAUGAAGAACGACUUGGGGACGGCAGCUCGGCAGACAAUACAGAGGCCUUCAGCGACAAAGACACUGACCAGAGGAGUUCCCCAGAUGUGGCAAAGAGUAAGAGCUGCUUCACCCCUGAGAGCCCUGAGAUAGUGUCUGUGGAUGAAGGGGGGUACACUGUCCAGAAAAACGGAGGCAACCCCGAGAGCCGCCCCAACAGCCCCAAGUACCACGCGGAGCAGAAUCACCUCCUGAUUGAGGGCCCGUCCGGGACUGUUUCUCUGCCCUUCAGCUUGAAAGCCAACAGACCUCCACUCGAAGUGCUAAAAAAGAUAUUCCCCAACCAGAAGCCGACAGUGCUUGAGCUCAUCCUGAAGGGCUGUGGGGGAGACCUGGUGAGCGCCGUGGAAGUCCUUCUGUCCAGCCGCUCGUCUGUCCCGGGAGCAGAGAGAACUGCAGCAGAACCCGAGGGUCUCGUGCUGCCCUCCAACGGGCACAUCUUUGAACACACCUUGAGCUCCUACCCUAUCUCCUCGUCCAAAUGGUCAGUGGGAUCAGCCUUUCGAGUCCCAGACACGUUGAGGUUUUCUGCUGACUCUAGUAAUGUUGUCCCCAACCCCUUGGCCGUGCCUCUGCAGCACCCGUUCCCCCAGCCGCCCCGGUACCCGCUGAUGCUGAGGAAUACUUUGGCAAGAAACCAGUCGAGCCCCUUUUUGCCCAAUGAUGUCACCCUGUGGAACACGAUGACGCUGCAGCAGCAGUACCAGCUGAGGUCCCAGUAUGUGAGUCCUUUCUCCAGUAACUCUACCAGCGUCUUCAGAAGCUCACCUGUCCUCCCCACCCGUACCACGGAAGACCCUCGGAUCUCUAUCCCCGAGGAUGGGUGUCCCAUUGUGUCAAAGCAGUCCAUUUACACCGAGGAUGACUAUGAUGAGAGGUCUGACUCCUCAGACUCUAGAAUCCUCAACACAUCAUCUUAA